AUGCACUUCUCUUCUCUGAUCGCAGCUGCUGCCAUUGGCGGUGCUGCUGUGGUUUCUGCUGCUCCUGCAUCCUCUCCUAUUGAGAAGCGCGCCACAACUUGCACUUUCAGCGGCUCUAGCGGUGCUGCUUCCGCCACUCAGUCCAAGGCUGCCUGCGCCACUAUCGUCCUCAACAACGUCGCUGUUCCCGCCGGCACCACCCUCGACCUGACUGGUCUGAAGACUGGCACACACGUCAUCUUUGAGGGAACCACUACCUUCGGCUACAAGGAGUGGGAAGGUCCUCUCGUUAGUGUCUCCGGUACAUCCAUCACCGUCACGGGUGCCUCUGGGAGUGUCCUCGAUGGCGACGGUGCUCGUUGGUGGGAUGGCCAGGGCAGCAAUGGCGGCAAGACCAAGCCCAAGUUCUUCUAUGCUCACAGCUUGACCACUUCGUCCAUCAACGGUCUCACCAUCAAGAACUCUCCCGUCCAGACCUUUUCGAUCAACGGGGCCAAGACCUUGACCAUGGACUCGAUCACCAUCAACGGCGCUGCUGGAGACAGCCUCGGACACAACACCGAUGCCUUUGACAUUGGAAGCUCGUCUGGUGUCACCAUCACCAACGCUGUCGUCCACAACCAAGAUGACUGUGUUGCCAUCAACUCUGGCUGUAUGUUAUCAGUAACGUCAUUCGUCUCUAGCAUAUUACUGACAUUUGCUCCUAGCNNUGACAUCACCUUCUCUGGUGGCUCUUGCACUGGCGGCCAUGGUCUUUCCGUCGGCUCCGUUGGUGGCCGCUCUGACAACACUGUCAGCAACGUCCACUUCACCAACAACAAGGUCAUCAACAGCGACAACGGUAUCCGCAUCAAGACUGUCUCUGGUGCAACUGGCUCCGUAUCGGGUGUCACAUACAGCGGCAACACCCUCUCUGGCAUCAAGAAGUACGGUAUUGUCAUCGAGCAGGACUACGAGAACGGCAGCCCUACUGGCGUGCCUACCACUGUNACUGGCUUGACCAUGACCAAGAACACCGGCACCGUAACAAGCUCUGCCACUGACAUCUACAUUCUCUGCGGCAAGGGCUCUUGCUCCAACUGGACUUGGAGCGGCAACUCCAUCACUGGUGGCAAGAAGUCCAACGCAUGCUCCAACAUCCCUAGUGGUGGUGCUUCUUGCUAG